CCUGGCCCCGCCCCGGAAGCGCUGCCCGGUGCGGCGCUCACUUCCGCCGGGCCGGGGCAGCGGCAGCAGGAACGUCCCUCUAGCUGGAGGCCACCAUGACGGACUCAAAGUACUUCACCACCACGAAGAAAGGGGAGAUAUUUGAGCUGAAAGCUGAACUGAACAGUGACAAGAAGGAGAAGAAGAAGGAGGCAGUGAAGAAGGUGAUAGCAUCCAUGACCGUGGGCAAGGACGUCAGUGCUCUCUUCCCAGACGUGGUGAACUGCAUGCAGACGGACAACCUGGAGCUGAAGAAGCUGGUCUACCUCUACCUGAUGAACUAUGCCAAGAGCCAGCCUGACAUGGCCAUCAUGGCAGUCAACACAUUCGUGAAGGACUGUGAGGACCCCAACCCCCUGAUCCGUGCCCUGGCCGUGCGCACCAUGGGCUGCAUCCGGGUGGACAAGAUCACGGAGUAUCUGUGCGAGCCCCUGCGCAAGUGCCUGAAGGACGAGGACCCCUACGUGCGCAAAACGGCCGCCGUCUGCGUGGCCAAGCUGCACGACAUCAACGCCCAGCUGGUGGAGGACCAGGGCUUCCUGGACACCCUGAAGGACCUCAUCUCUGACUCCAACCCCAUGGUGGUGGCCAACGCGGUGGCCGCUCUCUCGGAGAUCGCAGAGUCUCACCCCAGCAGUAACCUGCUGGACCUCAACCCCCAGUCCAUCAACAAGCUCCUCACUGCCCUGAACGAGUGCACCGAGUGGGGCCAGAUCUUCAUCCUGGACUGCCUGGCAAACUACAUGCCCAAGGAUGACCGGGAAGCCCAGAGCAUCUGCGAGCGGGUGACGCCCCGGCUGUCCCACGCCAACUCUGCCGUGGUGCUCUCGGCCGUGAAGGUCCUGAUGAAGUUCAUGGAGAUGCUGUCCAAGGACCUGGAUUAUUAUGGCACCCUGCUGAAGAAGCUGGCCCCACCACUGGUCACCCUGCUCUCUGCAGAGCCCGAGCUGCAGUACGUGGCUCUGCGCAACAUCAACCUCAUCGUGCAGAAGAGGCCUGAGAUCCUGAAGCACGAGAUGAAGGUGUUCUUUGUGAAGUACAAUGACCCCAUCUAUGUCAAACUGGAGAAGCUGGACAUCAUGAUCCGUUUGGCUUCCCAGGCCAACAUUGCUCAGGUGCUGGCAGAGCUGAAGGAAUAUGCCACCGAGGUGGACGUGGACUUCGUGAGGAAGGCGGUUCGGGCCAUCGGCCGCUGCGCCAUCAAGGUGGAGCAAUCGGCUGAGCGCUGUGUCAGCACCCUGCUGGACCUCAUCCAGACCAAGGUCAACUACGUGGUGCAGGAGGCCAUCGUGGUCAUCAAGGACAUCUUCCGCAAGUACCCCAACAAGUAUGAGAGCGUGAUUGCCACCCUCUGUGAGAACCUGGACUCCCUGGAUGAGCCUGAGGCCCGAGCUGCCAUGAUCUGGAUCGUGGGGGAAUACGCCGAGAGGAUCGACAACGCCGACGAGCUGCUGGAGAGCUUCCUGGAGGGCUUCCAUGAUGAGAGCACCCAGGUCCAGCUGCAGCUGCUGACAGCCAUCGUGAAGCUGUUCCUCAAGAAGCCCACAGAGACACAGGAGCUGGUGCAGCAGGUGCUGAGCCUGGCCACACAGGACUCGGACAACCCCGACCUGCGGGACCGUGGCUACAUCUACUGGCGCCUGCUCUCCACGGAUCCGGUGGCUGCCAAGGAGGUGGUGCUGGCUGAGAAGCCCCUCAUCUCAGAGGAGACAGAUCUGAUUGAGCCCACCCUCCUGGACGAGCUGAUCUGCUACACUGGGACACUGGCCUCUGUCUACCACAAACCUCCCAGCGCCUUCGUGGAGGGGAGCAGGGGGGUGGUGCACAAGAGUUUGCCCCCGCGAACGGACUCGCGUGAGAGCCCGGAGAGCCCAGAUGCAGCCCCCCCAGGGGUGCAGGGGACAGAGCAGCCAGCUGUCAUCCCCACCCAGGGCGACCUGCUGGGUGACCUGCUGAACCUGGACCUGGGCCCACCCGUGGGCGGGCCCCCCAUGGCCACCGCCGCCGUGCAGAUGGGCGCCGUGGACCUCCUGGGAGGUGGCUUGGACAGCCUGAUGGGGGACGAGUCGGAAGGGCUGCGAGGGGAUGCAGGAGGCAGCCCUGCUAUGGGGGGUGGUGGCUUCGCCCCCGCCCCCGCCGGCGCAAUGCCUGCAACCCUGGGGGCACCCCUGGGCAGUGGGCUGGGAGACCUCUUCGACCUGACUGGUGGGGUGGGGACCCUCUCAGGAUCCUACGUGGCACCCAAAACGGUCUGGCUCCCUGCCAUGAAAGCCAAGGGGCUGGAGAUCUCUGGCACCUUCAGCAGGCAGGUGGGUUCCAUCUCCAUGGACCUUGUCCUGACCAACAAGGCCCUGCAGGUCAUGUCUGACUUUGCCAUCCAGUUCAACCGCAACAGCUUUGGCCUGGCCCCAGCAGCUCCUCUCCAGGUCCAUGCUCCCCUGGCCCCCAACCAGUCGGUGGAGAUCUCCCUUCCGCUGAACACCGUGGGCUCUGUCAUGAAGAUGGACCCUCUGAACAACCUCCAGGUCGCGGUGAAAAACAACAUCGACGUCUUCUACUUCAGCACCCUGUACCCACUGCACAUCCUCUUCGUGGAGGAUGGCAAGAUGGAGAGGCAGAUGUUCCUGGCCACUUGGAAGGACAUUCCCAACGAGAACGAGGCCCAGUUCCAGAUCAAAGACUGUUCUCUCAGUGCAGAUGCUGUCAGCAACAAGCUCCAAGGCAGCAACAUCUUCACCAUUGCCAAGAGGAACGUGGAGGGCCAGGACAUGCUCUACCAGUCCCUGAAGCUCACCAAUGGCAUCUGGGUGCUGGCUGAGCUCAGGAUCCAGCCCAGCAAUCCCAGUUUCACG